CUUGAAAACAUUGAUAUAAGCAGAACAUACUUAAUAUAUGUCUUACAAUAUCAAUUGUCAUACAUAUUAUUGGAUUAUUAUUCAUAAACGCUUCUUUUUAGCAAAGACAAGAGUGUAUUAACUCAUGAUGUUACUCGCGGAAUUAAUCGGGAUUUUCAUUAUUACUCUGAGUGUUGUAUACAUAUAUUAUAAAUAUGUGUUGCUUAAUUAUUGGCGCAAAAAGGGUGUUUUUUAUGUCGAACCUACUGUGCCAGCUGGUAAUUUGACAGCUUAUGUGACUGGAAAACUGUCAGUAGGUGAACUCUUCCGUGACGCUUACAUGAAAUAUAAAGAUCAUCGUGUCUUUGGGAUGUAUACAUUUUUCAAGCCAAAUCUGGUAAUCGCUGAUCUCGAUCUUAUUCGAACAGUUUUGACCAAGGAAUUCGCGAGUUUCCACGAUCGUGGGAUGUUUUGCAAUGAAAGAAUUGAUCCAUUGUCUGGCCAUUUGUUUUUAUUGCCUGGGAAAAAAUGGCGAAAUUUACGUGUAAAGUUGACACCCACUUUUACUUCAGGAAAAAUAAAGCAGAUGUUCAUGAUUCUGAAAGAAUGCGGCGAAGAGUUUGCAAAAAAUUUAGAGAACAAAGCUCAGAUGAGAGAUUGCAUUGAGAUAAAAGAUAUAUUUGCAAGAUAUUCAACGGAUAUUAUUAUGUCAACGGCUUUUGGAAUCAAGUCUAACUGCAUGAAGGAGCCAAAUAACGAAUUUCGACAUUGGGGAAAGAAAAUCUUUGAAGAGAGACCUUUUUGGAACGCUCUAUUAAUGUUUGCACCUCAAGUUAUGGAUUUCUUUUCCAUUCCUUUCACAGAUCGGGGUGUCACUAAAUUCUUUACGAAAAUGUUUCGAGAUAACGUAGAAUAUAGGCAAACUCAUAAUAUCGUCAGGCACGAUUUUAUGAAUCUUCUCAUACAACUCAUGGAGAAAGGCUAUGUCGAAGCUGACGAUGAGAAAGAUGUUAACGAUAUAUCUUCAACUGUGAAUAAACUUACCAUGUUGGAAGCAGCUGCACAAGCUUAUGUUUUCUUCUUGGCUGGCUUUGAAACUUCUUCGACAACGGCGACAUACUGUCUAUACGAAUUAGCUCAACAUCAAGACAUACAGGAUAAAAUUCGUCAGGAAAUUGACGAAAUGUUAAAACAGCAUGGUGAACUAACUUAUAACGCUGUGAAUGAAAUGACAUAUCUUCAUAAAGUAGUAAAUGAAACUAUGAGAAAAUAUCCGCCUGUACCUGUCUUAAAUCGCGUCUGCACCAAGGAAUUAGACCUUCCAACAACAAAUAUUCGCGUGACGGAAGGGACAUUAAUUACUAUACCGGUAUUCGGAUUACAUCGGGAUCCAUCGAUAUAUCCGCACCCAGAUAAAUUUGAUCCUGAACGAUUCAACGCGGAUAAGAUAGCAGCUAGACAUCCAUAUGCUUACUUGCCAUUUGGAGAAGGACCACGAAUUUGUAUUGGUACCAGAUUUGGCUACAUGCAAACAAAAAUUGGACUUGUAAGUCUUUUGUCGAAGUACAAGUUUAAACUUCAUUCUCGAACUCCGAUUCCACUUACUUUUGAUGAAGCGCCCAUUGUACUUACGGUCAAAGGCGGUGUCCAUCUUAUCAUCGAGCCGCGAUAAAAACACUUAUACUUGAGCUAAAGUGAAAUUUCUGCUUGAUCCGUUCAAAAAAAUUGCUGAAUCAAAGUGUAAGCCUGUUUUUUGUAUUAUAAUUAUAUUUAUUUUUGUUGUUUAUAUAUGCUUUUUACUAUUAUGUCAAAUUGUGAUAUUCAAUAUUCACAUUUGAAACAAUUAAUUAUAAUCAAUUAAAAAUAUACUUUUUUGAACUUGUUAAUACACUUACUUGUUAAUACAUCUAAUUACUUUAUAAAUGAGCUGCAAUAAAUUAAUCACAUUUGAGUUA